UGGCCCCGCCCCGCGUCCCGGAAGUGCGCGCGCCGGCAAGAUGGCGGCUGCGGCGGUCCCGCCGCGGGGCAUCCGCCGCUUGUGUCGCGUGCUGCUCUUCCUCUCCCAGUUCUACAUCUUGUCGGGCGGUGACCAAGACCUGCACACCCCAGGAGAACGUGUCUCUCUAAUUGUAGGAUCCUUAAAUUUAGAGCAUUCGCAGCCGCUGGCUCAGGCAGUAAAAGAUCCGGGCCCUACUCGUACUUUCACAGUAAUUCCCGGGGCGGCAGCUUUUCUUUCAUGGCUCACAGAAAGUACCGACAUCCCCCCUUAUGUGAUGAAGUGUCCCAGCAAUGGCUUAUGUAGCCGACUUCCAGCCGACUGCAUAGAAUGCAGGACAAACUACUCGUGUGUCUAUGGGAAGCCUGUCACAUUUGACUGCACGGUCAAGCCCUCUGUCACCUGUGUUGACCAAGAUUUCAAAUCCCAGAAGAACUUCGCCAUCAAUAUGACUUGCAGAUUUUGCUGGCAGCUUCCAGAAAGUGAUUACGAGUGUACCAACAACACCAGCUGCAUGACAGUGUCCUGUCCCCGGCAGCGUUACCACGCCAACUGUACUGUGAGGGACCAUAUUCACUGCCUCGGUAACCGCACUUUCCCCAAAAUGCUGUACUGCAACUGGACUGGAGGCUACAAGUGGUCCACGGCCCUGGCUCUGAGCAUCACCCUGGGUGGCUUCGGAGCAGACCGCUUCUACCUGGGCCAGUGGCGGGAAGGCCUUGGCAAGCUCUUCAGCUUUGGUGGCCUGGGCAUCUGGACCCUCAUAGAUGUCCUGCUUAUUGGCGUCGGCUAUGUGGGGCCCGCGGACGGCUCUCUGUACAUUUAGCUGGGACCCACGCUCCAGAGAAGAGUGGAACUCAGCCUCCUCCCACCCCGAGGAAUGGACACGCCAGUGAGCAGCAUUUCUGUGUUUUUCUAAUGUACAGCAUCUGUACUUGGCCUGCCUUGACGAAGGCAAAAGGAACAAAAACACUGGCCUGCACUUGUCUGGAAUUCUGUUUUAUUUGCCUGAAGUAUAUAUUUUUUUCUGUGAAAAAAAUAUCAGAAUUAAAAUAGAACAAACUCUGUGGUGAUUGAAAGUCUUUUGUUUGGUUCAUAUGACUUGACUUUGAUAGCGUUGAAGUCAGUGUCUGUCACUCAUAUCUCUGCCUGCAUGUCAUCUGCCCUAGAGUUCUCAGCUUGGACUGCAGAAAAUGGGUGUAUUUCAGUUGUCCAGUUAAAUAAAGGUGUCUGCCCAAACUCCAGUCCUCUGUAUGUUUCACAAGGUCCUGUCCCUGUGUUUCAGUCUUUUUAUAUCUGAUUGUGUGAAGUCAAAGCUUAGAUAUUGUUGUCUUUUGUUGCUGUUCUUUGAAUUGUGUUUGUCACAUAAAAGGUUUUAAGGUACAAGAGGACCAGAAAGUCAAUAAAACAACAAGUUACAAGAUACUGAA